AUGGAGGUCAUCGAUGGACAUGGACAGGUCCCUGUGGCACGUGCCGAUGUGUCGUAUGCAGAUCCGGCCCCUCAAGGUAAUUCCAGCCCAACCAAAGUCGGCCACGUCGCCAACAUCAUCGAAAGCUGGCAAAAUGCCGCUUCCGUGAGCUCCAAAGCCUCUGCGAGCUCCGUCCCCGUGCCGAGUGCAGGAGGUUUCGGCGGCUUCGGCGGCUUCGGCGGCUUCGGCUCGAAUGCGGGCAACUCCUGCGCCGGCGCCGUUCGGCCAAAGAGCACUGCUUGGCGCUGCGAGGCUUCCGUGCCCGAGGUCUUCAACGAGAUGCUCGGCCGGCUGGACGGUCUCGAGAACCGCGUGGAAGAGCUGAGCCGGGCUUUGGAGCGACUGGCGCAGCGCUUCGACGGCCUUCAUCCCGGAGACAUCGCCCGACGUCUCGAGGAGCAGGAAGCUCGUAUCCUUGCGACCCGUUGCCACCUCGAAGCUACCGAGCAUCAGCUUUCUCGCGACGUGGCUUCGCACGGAAACCUCAUCCGCAGCUUCCAAACGCAGUUCGCCGAGCUGCAAAGGCAGCUUUGCAAGGCUGCGUCCAUGUCCGCAACGCAGGAGCUCAGCAACCGAGUUGAAGAUUUGGAGGCCAAACACAAACAUUCCGUGGGCCAGGCUGCCCAGGAGGCUGUUCGCAAGGAGUACGAGCGGCUUGUCCUGGAGCUGGCACAAGUAGGUCCUUCGGCCCGGACUCGGCGUCCAGACACUCCGUCAGACUGGUCCUUGCUGAGUGACGUGGACAGACUGGAGGGCCUCUCUUGCAAGACUUCAGGGCCAUUUCAAGGCAAAACCCCACAUUCCACGCCCAGGGGUCCCGUGUUGCCCGCCCACUUGUACAGAGAGAGUGAAGAAUCGUAG